AUGUUCAAGCCAGACUGCUCGACACAAUCACCCGGCAUCGAUGUUGCACUCCGCGUACAGGUUGGCUGGAUCGAUGAGGUACCACGCUGGCGUCUUGGCAUGAUUCUGAAGUACGUUAUCUGCGAGGAGUCUUUCCGUGACAAGACCGCCGUUACGCUCUGCAGGACCAAUCUUCAAGCCGCAAUCGCAAAAUACGCAGCUAUUCCUGUGAGGUUCGAGGAGGUGUCCCGGAACAGCCCAGCCCACUUUCGUGUGGUGUAUAUGGAUCAGCCUUUGGAGGGCUCCAGCACCACACUUGCGAGAGCAUUCCUCCCAAACAAUGAGGCAGCUGAGCAACGAACAUUACAUGUUUACGGCCUGGCAUUUAGCGACAAGUAUAUUCAGACCCAAAUCUCUAUCCUCGCUCACGAAGUCGGUCACAUCCUCGGACUACGUCACGAAUUUGCCUCUUGGAAAGAAGCUGAAUGGUCGGUUACAUACGGGAGGCCCAACAACCACAGCAUCAUGAACUAUCCCCCUGUGCACGUCACCGAGCAAGACAUUCGAGAAUUGCAAUCUUUCUACUUCGAUGAAAUGACCGCGUUAUAUGGUCGCCCGGUCCGCAUCUACGCCCCAUGCGAGUCUGUCUAUCCGCGUGUCAACAAUCUCGGCUCCGUCAUGCCCUUGUUCGCAGCGCUCUCUGCUUUGAUCUGGCCAAGGUCUGUCCCGGAUGUCUCGAAGCCUCACGCUUAUGUGGAAGUCCCCUAG